AUCAGCGAUUCUGCUUUGCUUCGUUAAGGAGUGUUUGCCAAGGGUGUCGAGGAACGUAAUUAAUACAUUGUUAGCGAGAGAAAAAAAAAAUGUGUUAAAAGUGGUCGAGUGAUAUUUGGGAAUUUUCGAGAAAAUCAUAUUACUGAGGUGAAGUGGUUCCUUAGGUAAUAUGAGUCCAGCGAUGACUUUGAGGAAUACAAGAGCAUCUACAAAGUACAUCGAAGAAGUAACCUAAACGUUUACAGGAUCGAGAGAGAAAAUUAAACGUUAAAGAAUAUAGGAAUUAAUUUAAACGUUUCAAGGAUCGAGAAAAUAACUUCUAAGAGUCGCAGGAGAGAAGAUUCCCCAGAAGAAUGAUCAACGCAGGGUUCGAACCCGACCUGUGCCUCGACGUCGGAGGAACCGGCUCUCACGACGAAGAGGAAGACCCACGUCCUCCUCCUACAGUGGGAACCCAAACCGACAACACCCCGACGAUCCUGAGCUCCUGGAAGAUCCUGAGGGCGAAUAACACGGCCCCCAAACUCAACACUUCGUCAGGAUCAGCUGUUUCCGACUACGUGGUGAUCGAGACAAGUUCGUGGGGCUUCGACGCUUCGACUCAGACCCGAGACGCCGAACUCUUCCGCUACAGCGAGGCAAGGGUCAGAGACAUGGUCAUGGCGUGGCGCAUGCUCACCCUCUUCCUGCCAUGCACUUGGUAUCUGAUCAUGUACGUGACGGAUCAGCUGACGGACGUGGUUGUUACGGCGGAGUUCUGUUCGUCGGGGGAGAGCUGGUGGUGCGGUCUCUCGGUGACGUUCCUGGUGCUGCCCAGCCUCUUCAUCAACGGAUACGCCUACGAACAGCUGACGCAACCAGACAUCGCCAGCGUGGCACCUCUGAACAAGUGGUUUGCAAGGUGCCUUCUCCUCUUCCAGCUCUCGCCACAUUUCCUCAUAGCGAGGAAAGUCAGCUGGUGCUACCGCGCUUGGCGGUCCCAAAGCUGGCUACAAAACAAACGCCAAUCAUCCUCUCCUUCCUCUUCCUCUUCCUCUCCUCCUCCUACCUCCUCCUCAACCCAGCCACAGCGACAACCGGUAGUCCUCCGCCGCACGCCCAAGGAACUCUGGGAACAAGCGAGCGCAGAGACAGAAUCGUCGACAGUUAAGUGGUUCCAGUCGCUGUUGGAGUCGGUGCCGCAGUUGAGUCUCCAGACCUACGUCCUCAUGGAGCAGAUCAGACGCUACCAGGACCCAGACCACGAGCAAGGCGUGGUAUCUGCAGCGCUCGUUGCCUCGGCGCUGGUGAGUCUGACCUCAGCGUCUUCGGGUCUGGCCUCGGUGCUGAGCGAGAGGGCGUGGGAGAGAGUGGCUGCUUCCGUCGCCAUUUUCCUGACGCUGGGGUCCCGCGUGCUGGUCAGCGGCGGCGUCGGCACCAUCCACCAGGCGCUGUGGUUCGUGCCCGUUCUCUCCGCCACGCUCAUCGGUCUCGUCACCAAGAUGGCCGAGACGAAGGAGGAGACGUGGGCAGCUGUUCUCACCAAGACGCAUAAAUAUUCCUUCGAGAGCUUCCUAAUGGCUACUGUCUGCCCGCCUUUCAAUGCUCUCGGUCUCUUCACGUCUGUCUCUUACGUUCUGGCGGGGAUGUGUUACCUCAUGCUCGAUCCCGGGUGCUUCGUUAACAUUAUGGUCUUCGUGUUGUCCAUCUUGGGUCAGGUUGCGUGGCUGGCGCUUGGGUUUUUCACCACGUGACCUGCGUUCUUGAGAUCUGGUGGGCAGGGGCCGGAGGGCGGAGGGGGGGGAGGGGGUUGGAAGAUGUGUAUGUUAGUUUAGUUAUAUGAAUUAAUAAUAUAUAUAAGCACACAUAAACACUUUUUAAAAAUUUAUAUUAGUAUCUUAGAUACUGAAUACGCGAAAGCAUAUGUACACAAACACAUACAUAUCAAUUAGAAACUUAUAUAAAAAACAAGUACGUAUUCAAACAAACUUACACGCACACACAGACACAAACGGAUCUACAUACACACUCGCAUAAAAACAAGUGUACACAAAAACACGCACAUAAAAUACGCAUAUACAUCAGUUGCAUGUAUUAGAAAUGUAUCGGAUAUUUCGAUGCAUCGAGUUUUACCAGUAGGCCUAAAGGUAUGCCUUUAAAUAUUAAAGUCUAACAAGAAAAACGCACCGUUAUCGUUCAUAAAAUAUACUAUUUUCAGUAAA